UAAAACCUCAGCACAUGGCUGAGAUGCACCAUCACACAACGUUUCCCGCAAGCUCGAUCUGCUCAUUCAUCAUCACUUUCAUUGCAUCGCCCCAUCUACACCGGUUGUCUGUGACACCAUGCCCUCCCCACUCGUUCUUUCCCGUUAUCUGUUACUCUUCGCUAUCGGUAUCUGCAACAUCGCAUUAAUCAUUAUUCUAGCGCAUGGAUUUGCUGCCCACACCGCAGGACCUUUCGAGGUCCUCGCCACUACGGCAAUCAGUAUUGCUGUGUUGAUCCCCUUCAUUGUUUUUUUAUACAGGACGAAAUGCAGGAGGACAGCAGAGUCUAGUAGCUACACUAGCAAUCUCGUUACAUUUGGCGCUUUGUGGCUUUCAGAAUCCACAUCUUGCAUCGUCCUGACAUUCCGUGCACGUCAGAAUUACGCGACAGCCCUUUGCUACGACUUCUAUAAAUCUGGUGGCUGUAUAAUGGCGAAUGCCCUCCUCGCUGUUUCCUAUAUGUCCGUCAUCUUUGCUAUCGUUGGUUUCGUAAUCGCAUACAUCGAUAUACACCCCGGCGCUGCUAGGGUCUCGCCUCGGUAUCCGAUUACCAAAGCGCCAAGUUCACAUUUUGCUGCCUUGCAACACCCGCUAGACCCAGAGACGGGGUGGACCGACAUCCCUCUCAAGUAGGCGGGCAUGCGUUGGUUUUGUAGUUGUACUCCCACUAAUGGGGACAGCUAAAUUUGUUCGAUUAUGGUGGAAUAUUAUAAA